GAACCUCUGUUAUGUCAAAAGGGUGAACCUUUUUAUCUCAAAUGAAGGAAUCUUUAUUAUCUUAAAUGUAGAACAUCGCAGUUUUGAGCUCCAGUCCUUUUAAAAUGGCGACGUCAUUUACUGUGGCUAUUCUGUUCAUCGCUUUGGUGGGAUAUACACGGCUUGCGGAAGCGGUGUCAGAGAACCCGACGGCAUCCCAAAUCCGCUUCCUGUUGGACGAAGAUGCGGCCCUCCGUCAAAAGCUACAAACGAGAAUCCAAGGUCUGCAGCAGAGUGUGUCGACCCUUAAUGCCAGUAUUGUCCCUUGCUCGUGCCCACUGCCCACAACCCCAGUGCCGCGGGCCCAAGUCGCAUACACCGGAACCCUCAAGUCCACCAUGUCGAGCCUGAACGCCGCCUCCGUCUUCAACUUCACUGGGGACCUUAUCAACGUCGGCGCACCCUUCACACCACAUGAUGCGCAUUUCGUCGCCCCCGUAUCGGGUAUUUACGGAUUCUCCUUAGCGACGUACAUGACCCCGGGGCGUUACGUCUUAAUGGAUUUGGUCAGGGAAAACACGCCAAUUCUGCAUGUGAAAAACGGACACUAUUCGGGUCGACAAGUAAUCAUGGGAACGAAUUUUGUUCUCGCAAACUUGACGAAGGGCGAACACGUUUGGCCGAAAUACACUGGGGGUUCUGCAUAUCUUUUCGGCGAAGGCGUUUCUACUUUCUCUGGAUUUUUGUUGUACGAAUUGUAAUUUAGUACGCAAAAAAUGAAAUAAAGUUUCAAACCAUUUAA